AUGUCCACUCAAAAGAAGUGUCCAGAUUGUGGCUCCUUGGAAAUUGUGGAAGAUUCCCACUAUACUCAGAACCAGUUGGUAUGUGCAGAUUGUGGCUUUAUUCUAACUGAAGGACUUCUCACAACUACGUAUGCUGAUGAAGAACAUUUACAAGAAGUGACAUAUUCACGAAGUACUGGUCAAAGUGAGCAGCAGAGCCGCUGCUUGCAGCGAGGAAUCAGACGGGUUCGGGAUCUCUGCAAAGUUCUCCGACUUCCUCCUCUGUUUGAAGAUACAGCUGUGUCGUAUUAUCAACAGGCAAUCAAAUGCCCCUGCUUUGCUUUAGUCAGUUUGGAGAAGAAGGAGAUAAUUAUAGGUUGCUGUGUUUUCGUGACCUGUAGACAGCACAACUGGCCCUUGACAAUGGGCACUGUCUCCUUGCUGCUUUACGCAGACAAGGAAAUGUUUGCCAGAACCUACCUGCGGUUUUUGAAGGAAUUGGCACUGGAUGUACCAACUCUGAGCUUGAUCGAUCUUGUGAAAACACACCUCAACAGCUUUAAGCUUUUCCAGGAAUCAUCCAACAUCCCAGCCAAAUUUCUGGAAGAUAAGGAGAAGCUGUUGGCAAGGACAAUCCAGAUAGUGGAGCUUGCCAGCGAGACGUGGCUGGUGACUGGUCGGCACCCCAUCCCCAUUGUGAUGGCAGCAGCCUUUUUGGCCUGGCAGUCUUUGCGACCUGUCGACCGUCUCGCUUGCACCCUUACAAAGUUCUGCAAGCUUGCUGGCAUGGACAUGCCACGGCCGGCCCCACAAAGGCUGAAGGAAUUGCAUAACAUCCUCCUUCAGAUGGCCUCUCAGCUGGGUUGGUUGCGAGGGCUCAAAGUGGACCGGAGGACUGUGUCGAAAUACAUUGGAGACUUGCUGCAACAUCGCCGUGUGCUUCUACGGGCGGCGUUCCGUACGGUGGAUACCACAGAAGACUGUGAGCCCGAGAACUCCACCGCACCGCCAGACCAGCAGCCUAUGAAAGCAACCGCGGCUUUGACAGGAGAGGAUUCCGUUGCUGGGAAGAAACGGAUGCCGUUGCUUCCCCCUUGUAUCCUGUACCCAGCAAAGAAGCCUCGAGCCAGCAAUCCAGACCCUGAAGGCCCCCCCAUCACAGGGGAAGAGCCCAUUUUAGACAGUGAGAUUGAACAAUACAUCCGGACUCCAGAAGAAAGGGAACUGUUUAGCAAAAUGCAGGUUCGCCUAUGCUAGAUGAUGUCUUAAAAGCCUGCAAUCAGUGACAACAGGGGUUGGGUUCCUUAUAUAGUCCGUAGUUCCAGAGGAAUUUCU